AUGCAGAAUCAACAAAGAAAACUUGAUGAUGAAUCAUUACAUAUUAUUAAAGAAUUACAACAAAUACCAGACAGUAAAAAAACAUUUUUAACAGAAAUAUGUUUUGAUGUAGCAAUAACAUUUGGUAAAAGAACAGAGUAUCGUAUGUUAUAUUUUAAUUUUAAAUUAAGAAAAUUAUUUUUCUUAAGACAUGCAAAAGUACGUGAAGAAAUUUUAUUUUCAUCAUUAUCACAAGUAGGACUUGACGAUAAAAUUAAAAUUAUUUGGAAUGAUCUUUUUGGUAAUGCUACAACUCAUUAUAUUAUAACACAAUCUUAUAGUGAUACUGUACAAAUAUUUUAUUUAUUAAGAACUUUAUCUUUUCAUCCUCUUUCUAAAUUUUUUGAAGAAGACUUUAAACAUGACAUCGUUAAAAAAAAAUAUUCUGUUAAAUGUAAAAAAAGAGGUCAAACAGCUUGGGCUCAUAGACAAAUGAUUAUUUAUAAUGGUGAAUUUAUUUUAUUCGGUGAUAACCCUCAUAUCCCUUUAACUAUUUGUCCUUUAGCUUCUAAAGUUUCUUUUACUAUUCACGCUAAUUAUAUUCUUGAAAUUAAUACUGCAAUCAGAAAAAUUAUUCUUUCUUUCUCAAAUGAUCAUGAAUUAAAUAUGACUUAUAACACUUUAAUGACUUGUGAGCAAUUCAUUCGUCCUCCAGUAAUUAUUAAAGUUCGUACAUUCACAUCAAAUAAAUUGGCAUAUUUACUUAAUAGUUGUAGAGAUAUAUGUAUUAAAAAUAUGUUAUAUCCUGAUGAAUGUGUAGAACAUUUUGCAGUUUUAUGUGAAAUCUUACGAGCUAUUACAAAAAAACGUUCUGUAACACAAGGAAAUAAAAAAGAAAUUAUGAUAGAAGAAGAUGAAUAUUUGAAGAAACCACAAAUUGGUAAAAAAAUAAUAUAUCCAGAAGAUGAAUUAAAACAAUAUUGCUUAACUGAUGACCCUAAAAAGUAUUAUAAAAAUUUUGUUUCAGUAGGUAAAGGUGGGUUUGGAGAUGUUUAUAAAGUUCAAAGAAUAGAUGAACAAGGGUAUGUUGCAUUAAAAGUAUUAAAACAUUCUGUAGAAGAACGAUCAGAAAAAAUGGGAAUUGAAGUUGCUCGUAUGAAAUUGUGGGAUCACCCAAACUUAAUCAAAAUGAUUGGGUGUUGGUUAUUUGGUAAUCAAGUAUUUAUUUCGAUGGAAUAUUGUUCAUUAGGAACAUUAAAAACAAUAAUAAAAAAUCAACCAAUGCCAUUACAAGAUAUAGCUUAUGUUAUUCAAUGCACAUUAAAAGGGCUAGAAUAUAUUCAUAAACAAGGAUUUAUUCAUAGAGACAUUAAAACUACUAACAUUAUGUUAGAUGGAAAUUAUAAUGUCAAGAUUAUUGAUUUUGGAUUAGUUGUACGUAUUAAUUCUAACCCAUCAAAUAGGGCUGGUUCUAAAUCAUAUAUGGCUCCAGAAGUUAUUAAACAAAUUCCAUAUAACGAGAAAGUUGAUGUUUGGAGUAUUGGAUGUGUUGCUCAGGAGUUGUUUGAAACACAACCCCCAUAUAAAGAACAUGGGGUAAUUAAAGGAAUGUUUAAAACAGCAGUGUAUGGAGCAGAAGGUUUAAGAGAUAUAACUAAAGCACCAGUUGAUUUUGUAGAUUUUAUUAAUAAAUGUUUUGUUUUUGAAAGUAAAGAUCGAGCCUCUUGCACCGAAUUAUUAACGUGCUGUGGAAAAGAUACAACACAAGGACAAGAGCCAACAGCACUAGAUGUUGUUGAUGCUGACACAAUCUCAAGUAAUACUUUUAAUGAGUCAUCCAUCGAUUAUAUUUUUAAAUUCAUUAUUAUUGGAGAAUUUUCUGUAGGAAAGACUUGUCUCUUGAUGAGGUUUCAAGAUGGAACUUUCAGAGAAGAGUAUGAGUCAACUAUUGGAGUUGAGUUUGGAACGAAAAAUGUUCAGAUUCAAGACACUAUAAUAAAACUCCGUAUUUGGGACACUGCUGGUUCAGAAAAAUUUAGGUGCAUUACUAGAGGAUAUUUCCGAGGGUCUGUUGGAGCUAUUAUUGUUUAUGAUAUUUCAAAUAGAAACACUUUUGAACAUAUUGAUGAAUGGGUGCAAGAACUAGAAAAAUAUAACCCAGGCAAUCAUGUUCUAAUGAUCAUUGGUAAUAAGUGUGAUUCUUCUCAACGUACAGUUACAACAGACGAAGGUAAGAAUAAAGCCAAAGAAUUAAAUGCUGAAUUUUUUGAAUGUUCUGCUAAAACAGGGGAAAAUAUUGAAAAAGCAUUCAUUACAUUGACAGAAUUAGUAUUAAGAGAUGUUAGUUCAGGAAAGAUUUCAUUAGAAAAUAAUUAA